GACUCAUCGAUGAGGUGGCCUCCGCUCGGCCGAGGCAGCUCGGCUAGUCGGGGCUGGACGGCUUUAUCCCGGAAGUGGCGGGAGGCGUGCAGUCGGCGCGCGCCCCUAAGGCCGGGGGAGUUGGGGGUUCGGUUAGCGCCAUGGCCGACUCUGACCCCCGCUACCCGCGCUCCUCCGUCGAGGACGACUUCAACUAUGGCAGCUGCGUGGCCUCCGCCAGCUUGCACAUCCGCAUGGCCUUUCUAAGAAAAGUCUACAGCAUCCUUUCUGUGCAAGUUCUCUUAACUACAGUGACAUCUAUUUUGUUUUUAUACUUUGAGUCUGUACGGACAUUUGUGCAUGAAAGUCCUGCCUUAAUUUUGGUGUUUGCUCUUGGAUCUUUGGGUUUGAUUUUAGCAUUGACUUUAAACAGACAUAAGCAUCCGCUUAACCUGUACCUGCUUUUUGGAUUUACACUGUUAGAAGCUCUGACUGUGGCCUUUGUUGUUACUUUCUAUGAUGUCUAUGUUAUUCUGCAAGCUUUUAUACUGACUACUGCUGUAUUUCUUGGUUUGACUGUGUAUACUCUACAAUCUAAGAAGGACUUCAGCAAAUUUGGAGCAGGACUAUUUGCUGUUCUGUGGAUUUUGUGCUUGUCAGGAAUCUUGAAGUUAUUUUUUCAUAAUGAGACAAUGGAGUUGGUCUUGGCUGCUGCAGGAGCCCUUCUUUUCUGUGGAUUCAUCAUCUAUGACACACACUCCCUGAUGCAUAGGCUGUCACCUGAGGAGUAUGUAUUAGCUGCCAUCAGCCUCUAUUUGGAUAUCAUCAAUCUAUUCCUGCACCUGUUGCAGUUUUUGGAAGCAGUUAAUAAAAAGUGAUUGAAAGCAGUAUACAGAAACUGAUUCAUUGAGUAAUAAAGUUUGAGAUAAUAAUUAGCUUUUAUGAUGUUAUUUGCUGUGUACUUCUGAGCUCUUACAAUUAUAUAAUAGCAAUUACAAUUAUAUUAAUGUAAUACAUAUAUAAUUAUUAGAUUAUGUAACAGUAGCAUAAAUCUUACUGUUUUAAUGGUAUUGCAGAUACCAUAAAUCCUUGAUUUAGAAUCUCAGGUAAGAGAUAUCCAAAUUCUAUUUUUAUGUGCUAUAUUUGCCAUAUAUAGAUUGUUCAUUUACAAUUCAGAAAUAAUUUCAUGAUUAGAUUAGGUUAAGAAUAUCAAGUUAUCUUUGUGUAGUGAUUUUAUCUAAAUUUUCCCUUAAGUAACAUUAGGUCUGAUUUUAAGUACUUGUAUCCUUACCAUUAUACAGUAUAAAUCUCCUUUUUCUAAGAGCUUUUAAUUUUAACUUUAUUUAGAAAGGAAAACUAUUAAAGAUAAAUUCCAUAGAGAAUUAUUCAGUACUAAAAUUAUAUUAAAAUGUUAAUGACAUUUAUAAAAUGAUAAUUAAAAAUUGAAAGUCUGCUUGAAAGUCAGAUUUGGCAUAAUAACUAACAUUUUUAGUUUUUUAAAGUACAGGUUUCUUUUUAAAAAUUAUAGCAGUGUACUAGUGACCAGUGACCCUAGUAAAUUCUUUCACUGUAUUACUUUGUUAGGGCUGCCAUAACAAAGUAGCACACAGUGAGUGGCUUAAACAGAGAUUAAUUUUCUCACAGUUCUGGAGGCUAGAAGUCUGACUCAGGAUGUCAGCAGGGUGGUUUCUUAUGAGGUCUCUAGGCUGCUGAGUGGUCAUCUUCUCUCAAUUUCUCUGUGCCUAAAUUUCUUCUUCUUCUAAGGAUACCAGUCAUUAGUGCCCACCCUAAUGACCUCAUUUUACCUUAAUUGCCUCUUUAAAAAACUUGUCUCCAAAUACAGUUGCAUUCUUAGGUGCUGGGGGUUAGGACUUUAUAAUGGUCUGAAUGUUUGUGUCUCCCAAAAUUUGAAUGUUGAAACCUAAUUCCCAUUAUGAUAUGACGAAGUGGGACUUUCGAGAUGUACUCAGGUCAUGAGCAUGGGGCUCUCAUGAAUAGGAUUCGUGCUCUUAUAAAAGAGACCUCACAGUGAGCCCUCCCACUUUCUGCCACAUGAAGUGACAGUGAAAGACAGUCUCUGAACCAGCCAGGGAAGAGGGCCUUUAGCUAGAUGUUGAAUCUCUUGGCACCUUGAUCUUGGGCUUCCCAGCCUCCAGAAAUGUGAGAAAUAAAUUCUGUUGUUUAUGAACUAUCUCUUCUCUCCUAUUUUGUUGUGGCAGCCCAAAAAGACUAAGACAGACUUUAUCGUAUGAAUUUGGGGGGUACACAAUUAGCCUGUAACAUUCACUAAGCAUCAUUUUACAUCUAUUAAGUUGAAAUAAGCUACUAGUAUAGAUUUAACCUCUGGUGAGUUUUAGGUAUAAGUUUAACUUAAUCAUUAUCAAUUAGUUGUUGAAUACCCAAUUGGAUGAUGCUAGACUCAAGUUUAAUAUAGCAUAGUGGAUAAGAGCAUUUAAAUUGGGAGACUGUGCUGAUUAUGUGACUUUUGGCAAGUUACUUAUCAUUUCACUUAGGUCAUUUGCUCAUCUUUAUAAUGGGAAUAUAAGAAAUACCUUAUUGGAUUGUUACAAGGAUCAAUGAGAUGGAUAUAUCAUAUAAACAAAGUGCUUAGUGUCAGCUGCUAUUAUUAUUGUCAGUCCAAAUGCAGAGUGUACUGAAUUGUGAUUAAAGAUACUAAAUAAGCAAAAGCAGACUUGACAUGUAAAAAAUGUAAAACAUUGCUAUUCCUUUCACUAAAUUAUUUUUUGGUUUGGGAAUAACAGUUUUUUUGAAAUAUUUAUUCAAUUUGUCAUUAAUUUAUCUUUUUAAAUGAAAUGAAUUUGCAAAAAACUUUUAAUUUCUAAUAUGACAAAUACUGUAAUUUCUAAGAGUGUAAAGAGAUUGAUCACAAGAUCAAGAAGUUUGAAAACCAUUGUAUUUUAUAAAUGAACCAUAGUUGUUCAUACAUUCCUCUGUCAGUGAAUUUUGUACAGUUCGUCCUUUUUCACUAUAGUAAUCAGUGCUGCUAUGUGUGUUCCAGUGUGCACAGGUAAAGGAGUUUGUGUAGGUAGGGAGUAUAUGCCUAGGUAGGGAAUAUAUCUAGAAGCAGAAUUGCUGUGUAAAAGGGUACAUGCAAUAUCAAUUUUUUACAUCAAGUAAAGGUGAAAAUAUGCAGACUCCAGAAAUAUUUAAAAAGUGCAACCAGCAGGACUUGGACAGAGUGACAGGCAACUCCAUGUGCAAGGUACAAAGUAUAGCCAGCGAGACAGGUGGAAAAUGAGGAAAGAGUAGUAUGUGAGAACUGUUUUUAUUGAAUGUAAUUUGGGGAAAGGUGCAGUGAACCCUGUAUGCCCACCUUCAUUCCUUUUCUGCAGGCCUCACACCUGGCUUAAAUCUACCUGAUGUACUUUUGGGUUUUAGUGUUGUCAGCAGCCAGCUGUGGGCCUUUUCAGAGCAGCUGGGAACUUAGGUUCCUUUUUUUCAUCUUUGUACAGCUUUGUCUUGAAGCCUCUGUUACCUAAGGCCUGGGCAACCCGAGGUCACCAUCUGAACCUCAGAAGUCUUCCUAGUCCUUUUUAAGUUAUUAUUCAGAUCAGUGAUUCCAUAACUGCAGGGGCCCUACUGGCUGGUGUCCCUAGUGUAGCAUGCCUUCUAGAUGGGGAACCAGUUCACUUCCUGUCAGGUAUUCAGUGAUACCUACUGUACUUCCAGUCCCAUAACCUCCUUCCAGCAUUGUGAGGGAGCUGAAGUAUGUCCAGUUUGGUGCUUCCUCCAUCAGGGUCAGUUUCCUGAAGACAGUAGUUUAGUUUCCAUCAUCACUGUAUACCCAGCAUACUGUCUAUCACAGAGUACUUACUUAAAUGUAUGAAUGAGAAAAUGAAUUAAAUAUUUUUUUAUAUAUCAAAUCCACUAACCUAUUAGAACUGCUUUUAUACAAAUGGUGAGGAACAGAAGUCAAAAAAUUAUUUCUUUUCAGUAAUGCAGUCUAUGAUUCAGCUUUUUAAAAAGCAUUAGUAAUGCAGAAUUAAUGGCAUAUAUUUAACACCAUCACAUUUUCAUAAAAUUUUUUCUUUUCUGGUGCCAAGGGUCUGUUCAUAUUGAAGUCUUGGCCUGGUAUGUUAAGAUACAGUCAAAUUUGUACUAUCUGAAAGUGAGCUUUUUCUAAUUUAAAAUGCAAUGUAAAUGUGUAUUUUUGGGAGAGGUAAAUAAGAUCUAACAUAGCUAACUUGUAGAAUAGAAAUUCACUACCUCUUUUAAGAACUUAAUCACCUACUUAACAGGUUUCUCAAGCAAGCUUUUUUAUGUUCUUUGAGCUAUUUUCAGUCUGUUAAAAAAAACUCAAGAGUAUUCUGAGUUUAGUAAUUUCCGUAUGAUGCCGUUUCUUCUAGGACACAAAUAUAAAGAAAAAAUCUACCCACAAAUUGUCUUGGAAAGAACUCUCUUUCACUAAGGCAACCAAUUUAUUAGGCCAUCAUUAAAGAUAAUUCAUUUCCUGUUUUUUUGGUGUAUGUUGUACAUCUCCAGAAAACACUGCUUAAAAAUAGUACUGUGCAUGUUUGAAAUUAUGUAAAAAUGAUGAGAGCUACCAUUUGUUUAGCUCUUACCACCUACCUAGGAUUAGUUAGGUUGUGUUAGCUACAUUCCAUGUUAAGGAAAUACAGGCCCUUAGUAUUAAUUGCUCACAUCAUCCACAAGGAAGUGUUGGAACCAAUAUUUCAGACCAGUCUGGUUCCAAAGCCUAUGCUAUUAGAAUCAUAUAUAAAAUAUGUUGUAUGUGACCAUUGAGACAAUGUUCUAGGCUAAUUAACAUUGUGUCUGGCAUACAUGAAGUGAUUAGUCAGGUAAACAUUCUAUCAACUGAACUCGUUUAAUCAUUUUACCCUUUGUACUUGUGUUUGGGAUGGGAAAGGGUUCUUUUUUUUCCUUGUUUUUAGUAACAGCUUUGAGGUUAUAACUGACAAAUUGCACAUAAUUAAAGCGUACAAUUUGGUAAGUUUUGACGUACAAGCGUGAGGCCAUUGGCCCGAGGGGAAAACUUACGGACUGCAAAUGAAAAUGACCCCGAUUGGAUUCUAGAUACAUCUGUGAUCUGGUGUGAUUCGGGCCAAGGAAAUCCAUGAAAACUGUGAACUGAGGCCGGACGUGAGAUCUAAAGGUCGGCUCCGAGCUCCUUACUUCACAGGCCUGUCGCCUGGCUAGGACCGCACCUUGGCUAGUCUCGCGGCUAUCCUGCGCACACCGGCGGAGUGGGCGUACAUGGGUUAAGAACCAAGGCCGGACUCUCGUCCGCAUUCUCCGAAUCCCGCACGCGCACCUAAGAGCCUAGCUUCCAGACGCGCGCCGCGCCAGAGGCCGGAAACGCGUUAGCGCCGGAUUCCCAAGACCGCGCCUUCCGAGGCUUUCCGGAGCAGGUCGGCUCCCGGCGUGCAGCGCGCCCGCUUGGUGUGCUGGACGUGGUGGGAAGAGCGUCCCGGAAGGCGGAAGUGCGGGGGCUUCUGGUCGGCGUGAACUGCGUGAGGUCUGAGUUUCCGAACCGUCUCAGGU